AUGCCUCUUCAAAUGAGAGUGGCCACGGAGGCCGACACAGACGCCAUCGCCCGCCUGGCCACUGCUGCAUUUGACCCCGCCACAGAUGCCAUUGCACGCAACCUAUUCCCGGCGCGUCUCCAGCCGGCCGUCCCCAAGCCAGAGGACCCGGCCAUGGCAUGGCGACGCACGCGCAAGGGCAUCAAGAUGCAAACAGAACGAAUCAUACUGAUGGUCGUGACGGAUGACCAGUUAGAUGACAAGAUUGUCGGCUUUUCUAUGUGGGAAGAGCCGCUACCGGAAGGCCAGGCCGGCGAGUCCAUGACCAAGGGCGUUGUUCCAUGCGAAACACUGGACGAAGAGGCGUACAACGAAUUGCGAAGAGCAAGCCACGAGGCUACUGUUGACUUUCUGGGCAAGGAUGGUUCGAAGCACAUGUGGUAUCUCGACUACCUAGGAGUUGAUCCAGGCCAGCAGCGCAGAGGAAUUGGAAAAAUGCUGCUCAAUUGGGGCCUGGAAAAGGCACAAGAGCAACGCAAGGACGCAUACCUGAUUGCGACACCGGCAGGACGACCACUAUAUCAAGCGGCUGGAUUCGAAGAUCUGGGUGCUUUCAUGUUGUUUGACACACCUCAUUACGGUAUGAUCAAGAGGCGAUUGGCAUCAUAG